AUGGUCGCCCCAUCAGCAAGCAAGCCUGUCACUGAGCCAGAGGAGGGCUCAGACUUCCGCAAGGCUCCUGCAGACACCAACCGUAUGCCAGGCUCCGCAGCAUCGAUGAAAGUCUUGGAACGAUCUCGCACCACCCCCUCUGCCUCGUCUGCCCCUACACCUACCCGACCUUCCACGAGCAAAUCCGCGAUCCAAUCGCUUCAACCCAUCCUUGACUCCACUUCAACAAGCGCUAUUCAGCCAACGGACAUUCAACUGCUCACCACCUCGAUCCUGUCGAACCAGCAGCGCGCGCGUCUCGUGCUCUCGCAUCAAGAACGUCUCAUCCACACCAACCCCUCUUUGUCCCAACUAAAAGAGUCGUUACGAAUCCUAUCGAGUUCGUCGUGGGGUCAGGUGCUAGAGGAGCGUCAUUUGGCGGGUCACUGUGCUUAUCCGCCUUGCACGAACUCCGCCCCGACGACGGGCAGGGGUGGCGAGGGGCGGUUUCGCAUCAGUCUAGGCGCUAAAUCGGUCAAAGCGUUGGAGGACGUCGAUCUGGGUGAGGCGGGCAAUACGUGGGAUGAUGUACGUGGGGUGUUUUGUGGCAAAGCGUGCUAUGCGAGGAGUGAAUGGGUGCUGCGGUGGGUGUUGUCGGAUGGGUUGGUGAGGGAGGAGGGAACUGGUGGAGGAGGAGGGAAGUGGGAGAAAAUGACGAGUCGGGGGGAGGUGGAGUUGUUGGAGGAUAUCGAAGCGGAGAAUGGGGGGUCGUUUGGAGAGGCGAUGCUGGAUGGGAUGCGCGUUGAAGCGGAAACUGCGCGGGGAGCGAGCACAGCGGUGCCGACCCCAGCGAGGGGGAAGGACGUAUCCAACCUCAUGGGCGAACUGACCAUUGUGGAGCGGCCAAAAGGAACUUCCGCCCCUGCCGCCGCAGCAGCAGCGUCAGUCGACGUCCCCAACAACCUCGGCGCGCGAUUCGGCCCCUCUACCACCACCAUUCCCACCAGCAUCACCACCGCUGACGACGACGAAGACGACGACCCCAUGGACGCGCAGACACGCUAA